CCCCGCCCUCCCCCGGCCGGCGCGGGCCGCCGCCGCCGCCGUUGGCGACGUGGAAAGAUGGAGGCGGCCGGGAGCGAAAUGAAAGUUUAGAAAAGGAUUUGCCAAAUAAAGAAGAUGGGAGCAAAUAGCAGCAGCAUCAGCGAACUUCCAGAAAAUGAGUACUUAAAGAAAUUAUCAGGAGCAGAGCAGAUCUCUGAGAAUGACCCCUUCUGGAAUCAGCUGCUAUCUUUUAGCUUUACCACUCCAACAAACAGUGCUGACUUAAAGCUAUUGGAAGAAGUCACCAUCUCAAUCUGCAAGUCUUUAGUUGAGAAGAAUCCUCGAACAGGAAACCUUGGGUCGUUGAUUAAAGUCUUUCUUUCUAGAACCAAAGAAUUAAAGAUUUCAGCAGAAUGUCAGAAUCACCUCUUUAUUUGGCAGGCUCACAAUGCAUUGUUUAUUAUCUGCUGUUUGCUGAAAGUAUUCAUCAGUCGAAUGUCAGAAGAGGAACUACAACUUCAUUUUACUUAUGAAGAGAAAACACCAGGCUCAUAUGGAACAGAAUGUGAAGAUCUCAUAGAAGAGCUGCUUUUUUGCCUCAUCCAGCUCAUUGUUGAAAUUCCCCUCUUAGAUAUAACAUACAGCAUUUCCUUGGAGGCUGUGACAACGCUUCUUGUCUUCCUUUCCUGCCAAUUAUUUCACAAGGAAAUUCUGCGAGAGAGCAUCAUUCAUAAAUACCUGAUGCAUGGUCGAUGUCUCCCGUAUACCAGCAGACUUGUGAAAACUUUACUAUAUAAUUUCAUUAGACAAGAAAGAAGCCCGCCUCCAGGAACCCAUGUCUUUCAGCAGCAAACAGAUGGAGGAGGACUACUUUAUGGAAUUGCCUCUGGAGUGGCAACUGGCCUGUGGACAGUCUUCACAUUAGGGGGAGUGGGGAGCAAACCAACACCGCAGCUGGAACAGUGCUCCCCUCUAGCUAAUCAGAGCCUGCUGCUUCUGCUUGUCUUGGCCAACCUGACUGACGCUCCAGAUACACCGAACCCCUACAGACAAGCUAUUAUGUCUUUCAAGAACACACAAGAUAACACUGCUUUCUCUUCAUCGAACCCACAUGCUUUCCAGAUAAAUUUUAACAGUUUAUACACAGCUUUGUGUGAGCAACAGAAAUCUGAUCAAGCAACUCUUCUUUUAUACAUGCUUCUGCAUCAAAACAGCAACGUGCGGACAUACGUGUUGGCACGCACGGACAUAGAAAACCUUGUUUUGCCAAUUCUCGAAAUCCUGUAUCAUGUGGAAGAAAGGAAUUCACACCAUGUUUACAUGGCUCUUAUAAUUCUCUUGAUCCUUACAGAGGACGAUGGCUUCAAUCGAUCCAUUCAUGAAGUGAUAUUGAAAAAUAUCACUUGGUAUGCUGAACGUGUUUUAACAGAGAUCUCACUUGGGAGUCUUCUGAUACUGGUCGUGAUAAGAACCAUCCAGUACAACAUGACACGGACAAGGGACAAGUACCUCCACACAAAUUGUCUGGCAGCCUUAGCAAAUAUGUCGGCACAGUUUCGCUCACUUCAUCAAUAUGCUGCUCAGAGGAUCAUCAGUUUGUUUUCUUUGUUAUCCAAAAAACACAACAAAGUUUUGGAGCAAGCCACACAAUCUUUAAGAGGAUCCCUCAGUUCGAGUGACUCUCCACUUCCCGAUUACGCACAGGACCUGAACGUCAUCGAGGAAGUGAUCCGAAUGAUGCUGGAGAUCAUCAACUCCUGCUUGACAAAUUCCCUACACCACAACCCCAACUUGGUGUACGCGCUGCUUUACAAGCGGGAUCUGUUUGAGCAAUUUCGAACUCACCCUUCCUUCCAGGACAUAAUGCAAAACGUAGAUCUGGUGAUCAGCUUCUUCAGUUCACGAUUAGAGCAAGCUGGAGCUGAGUUGUCAGUGGAGCGAGUUCUGGAAAUCAUCAAACAAGGAGCCGUUGCUUUGCCCAAAGACAGGCUGAGAAAGUUUCCUGAGCUGAAGUUCAAGUACGUGGAGGAGGAGCAGCCAGAGGAGUUCUUCAUCCCGUACGUUUGGUCCUUAGUUUACAAUUCGGCGGUGGCCCUGUACUGGAACCCACGCGACAUCCAGCUCUUCACCAUGGACUCAGGCUGAAGGAGCGGGUGCCGCAGCCACGCCAGCUCGACUCUGUCUUGCUGCGGAAAACCCAACUCUGCACUGCGUGUUAGUACCUGGCCCCUUCCAGUGUGCCCCCUCCAACCCCAAAGCUUACAGAGAGCCAAGCUCGCCGCUCGUGUACAGUCCAACUUCGGCACCUUGGAAGCCCGUCACCGUGGAUGCUCUGGCAACGGCCUGCGGUGCGAGGAACUGGCACCUUGUAGGCAACCUUGUAUUUAUAGUCCUAUAACCUAGAGCUUGUUUGAUGAAAAUGAGGCCUUACACAUGGGGUGUGAUGUUACUACCGACCACGAAACUGAUUGUUCCUUUAACUUCACCGGGGUAAAUGAGAAAGGAGAUGGGCUGUGAUUUGGAAGUAGCAUUUGUAUUUUCCUUUCUUGAAAGCAAGGCAGCUUCUUGGGGUCAAGCUUUCCGUGGUCUGCUGGGUUCUGUGGUGGGUUGCUCCAGCCUCGGUACCACACUUUCCCUCACUGCCCUUUUAUUUUGAUGGCACUGUCACAGCUGCGGUCUCUAAAUCGGUGUCUCCCUUGUCAUGCAAGUGAGCUAGCAAGCAGCAUAUUAAAUUGGCUCUACAGACACAUCCGAAACACUUGAUUUUAGUCUGAAAAUGUCGGUGGGAGGAUUUUCAAUAGCAAGUCUUUUCUGGUUCAACAAACAUUCUUUAGAGAGCUAGAAACACCAGCUUUCCGAGGGAAGCCCCUUACAGACCUGCUUUGCUGUACUUUGGGAAAUUGAAUGUGUGAACGAAUGUCCAAAGAAAAUAGAUAGAAGAUUGUAAAAUAGACCAAUGUCCUGUGAAAAUGUGUGUAGUGGUGGCAGUGUGUAGCAGGGAUCCCCUGGCAAAAUUCUGUAUUGAAAAUCCCCUGUUUGCUAUUGCAGGGUUUAUGGCAGAAGUAUAAAUUUAUCUGAAUGUAGAAAACUUAUUUUGUUUUUGGAAGUGUCCUUUCCUGAUAUACCUGGCUUAAUACAAAUAAUCCAAAACCUGCCUCUGCGGCUGGACAAACAAAAGAAAUGGAAAUGGACUGACCUGAUUUUGAAGGAACAUCUCAUUUUUCAAAAUGGCUUUUAUUUUUUUUUUUUUUUCCUUUUUUCCCGUCUCUGGGGAGGCUCCUGGCAGUGCUCACUCGCACGUGGACGCAGACGCUGUUGUAAUCCCGGCGCUGCUGUGUGCAGGACUGUCACCAGGGCAUUGCAUGCCAAAAGCAUGAAGAGCAGGGAGUCGGUUCCUAGAGCGACCUGGCGAACCCCUCUGCUGGCUGCCUACCCCAGCGUGUCGUGCUUGCUGAGCUGAAGAAUAGGGUGCACUCGCUUCCAGACAGUCCUCUGGGUGGCUUUAAAUAGAAUUAUUUGCAUUCUUUUUCCCUGAAGGAUACACUAGAUAUUACUUUUAUCUGCUAAUUUAAAGGUGGAAGUCCAUGGAAAUGCUGACUUAGGGAAAAAAAAAAGAAGCUUUCCAUAUUUAUUUAAAUGUAACUACAAAGAGACAUGAACAGCACAGGAGCAUUUAGGACUUUAAAAUGGCACAAGCUUUUGAGAAGAGGCAAUAGUAACUGGAGCUGCAGUUUUUUCUUAGUAAAACACAAGAAAUGAUUGACCGUGCCUGAGCUGCACAUAUGUUUGUGCUCUGUUUAGGAUUUUUCUUUCUUUCUUUUUUUUUUUCCUUUGGCUCCAAGCAAACGUCAGAGGGGAAUGACUCUUCCUGGUUACUGCAGUGAUUUGUAAUUUUCUCUUUUAAUAAAAGACUUCAGAGCGUUUGUGAGUCAGCAGAGCUUUGAGAAGGUCGCUCUGAAGAUGCACUUUCGUACUGUGGAGUCCGAGGCUCCUGGGUCAGCUGCAUUUCCAUCGGGCCUGCCCACCCCGUAACGACCACCCUCUGCCCCGUAACGACCACCCUCCAUCCCGCGGGCUUCAGGAGAAGCCUUGGUAAAAGAGGGCUCGGAUGGAGCAGAUGCUUAGAGCAUCAGGGUGCCAAACUGGAGCGAACCUGACUUUCUCCAAAAAGGCUUUUUCUAGUGAAAAGGGUAUGUGAAGCAGCAGUCUGAAAAGAUAGGUCAAACCGGCUGCUGGAUCAGGGCAGGAGUCGCACAGUGAGUCAUUUCUGGCCGUUCUCUCGUUCCAAUGACACUGAAGCGCAGAGGAACAGGUUUGUUGCAAUUGCAUAAUUUCCUCGUGCGUUUAAUUAAUAUGCAAUGCUUACGGAGCCCGGCUGGCUUGGAACAGCUGGAGCUGCAAGCCAAAGUUGCAGCAGCAGAGCCAGACCAAGAUUUAUGCGCGAAGCCGUGCCGGUCUGAUUGGCUCUUGGAGGAGUCUGAGCGUUAUAUAGGUCUGGCCGUGUCCUGAAGUCUGCAGUCUGGCAUGUUCACAGAUACUCUGUUUUCCUUCAGAUCUGUAAAGUAUCACCUUAGGGAUCCUUUUCAUUACUUUAUGUGAAAGAUUUAUUAUGCCUAAUAAAAAGGAAAAAAAAAAAUUCAA